UAUGCUAUAGUGAUAGACAUGUCUUAGUCUCUGUACAAUCUAGCCACUGUGAUUUGUACUUGAAACUGUAUUUUGGUGCUUAAGACCAUCUGUCCCUGGAGUAUUGGGAGGACCAGCAAUGGAACAGAUUAGGAAAGAACGACUGGAAGAUGUAGCAAUAAAAGAGGUGAUUCGACGUUUCUCAUCAACGGAUUCAUUUAUUACAUUUGCUCUUUCAAAGGACGGUCUCAGAAUCAGUCACAGUGAAGUCACGACUGUACAGGAAAAUAACCGAGACAAUGUCACCAAGCAAAAACGGUGUUUGAUUGAAAUUUGGAGAGAAAGGGAAGGACCAAGAGCUACAACAGAAGCGUUGAGACAAAUAAUUGACAGAUAUUUCGAAAUAGAACGCAAUCCUGAUGCUGCAUACCCCGCUUAUGAAUAUGAGGUGGAUGUUUUGCCACAAGAUGACGCUGACAUACAACAAGUUCCAACAGAUCCUUCUCCCACUACCAUCAAUAUAACUAACAUACAAGGAACCAUUGGCCAGGUGUUGUUGGGGAAUGGGACUCAAGGCAAUGCUAAAGAUGAAGGAAUCCCACAGAUUGACCCCGAUGUUCCAGUGUUGAAGCCUUCAAAAUCAGAAAUUACUCCGGAAAAAACAGUGAUAGAUAUCGGAGACUGCAGGUUGAAACUCUCAGCACAUUCCGUUAAAGAACCAACGAAGCAUGAUAUUGCGUAUAAAGUCGUUCCAGGAGCGCCACCUGCUGGCCAAAUUCAUGCAAGCUCAACACUGUCUUUCAAUCCAUCAUACCAAGGUCGAAAGGACGUAAAGAUCACUCUGCCAACCUGGUGCUCAACCGAAGCUUCUGUCGAUGUUGGGAUUUACUGUAAAUCAGAAGGAGAGUGGAUUGAGUUGGACCGUCCAAUUCUGACACAUGAAGGACACUUGGAACUUCAUUAUCGGGAACUUAGCAACCUGACAGCAUACAUAUCUCAAGAUAGGUUGCCAGAUAUCCAAUUCAAAAUAUCCUGCUUUCUGUUCAAUAAUGCAGAUGGAAAAUUUGCAAUGGGAUUCUGCCUCGCUGAUAAAGCCAUCGAAAACGUGUUUCUGCACAGACUCAAGAAGGAAGGCUUCGUUUCUUCUAUCAAGACUCUGGAACCACUUACAGCAUCGUUUGAGGAUGAGAUUGCGUUCAAUAUUACUCCUGGCCAACAAAUGACAAACACACAUUUCAAUGUGGAUGAACAAUUCCUUUCUUCAUAUCAAGGCCACAUUUCCUACUGCACCAUUGACAAACAGGCUCUUAAUCCUGUUUAUAAAAUCUCUCAAAUGAGGAAACAGGAAGAGGCCAGCGCUGGAGUCCAACCUUUUUAUGAGAAAUCCUACAACAUUGGUGGAAAAGAGGAGUCAUUGGGACAGCCUGGUGCUGUUGGACAUGGGAGGCCCUCAGACCUGAUUGAAUUUCGUGGUCAACUCAAUACCGGCGUUUUAUUGAAAAAUGCAGAGGAAGUUGAAAUCGACAAUAGACGAUACAGUGGUGAUGAAUCACCCAGGAAUAGACCAAAGUUGACUUAUGAACAAAAACUUGAAAGAGCAGAAGAGAGAAAGAAGAAAGCUGAAGCUUGGACUGGAGAGCAACCCAAGGUUGCACCAGGUGGUCGUCAAAUCAUUUUUCAUGGUGACGUUAAUGCUGGAGUAGCAUUACUUGGCUCGAGAAAGUUGAAGAUCGAUAAUAGGAAAAUGGCAGGAAAGAGACCUGAAGGAUCACAAGGGAAGGAAAUACAGAAGGUUUCUGAACCUGUUCAAGUCAAUGAGGGUGUAGAGGUUGAAUCACAGCAGUAUCGUGAAGAACAUCAGCCAAAUGUUGCAGCUCUUCCAACAGGGACAGAUUGUGAAAAGAUAUCCCCUGACUAUAACGGUCCGGCCCCAGAAGCACCUCCAAUUGACCCAGGAAUUAUUGAACAUGAUGUGAGACAGAGGAGAAGAGAAGCAGAUCAAAAUAAUGGGGGUGGGGAACCACCUACAGAUGAAGAUGACGAUAAAGAUCCUCCUGUGAAACCAAAGAAGACUAAAUACGACACUGUUCGACAAUGUCUCGCUGUUGUGGCUGUUAUCUUCAUGGUGUUUAUAGUUUACUCGUACAUGAAGUAAUUUGGCCCGGACUACAAAUGAAGAUUUCCAGUGAAACUAUCAAUAGAUGAAUAUUAUGUUUUUUUCUCAUUUUGAGAUUUUGUGAAAAUUAUGAGAUAAUAUGAAAUAUGAAUGUUGAUUUGAGUUUGAGUAGUUUAUAAUUCAAUUUAUCUAGAUUUCUCAAAUAACCUAUUUUGGAGCAAAAUCUAGCUUCAUUCAUUUUGUGGAUGCAAGUUUCAAAUACUGCUUGGGAUCUAAAGCCAUGGCAAUCUGACAGAGCUAUAGUCAAGCCUACCAUAAAAAAUUGAGUGGUAGCUAUCACCAAAUUUUAGUGGCACUAGCUCCCAACUGACCAAUUAUUCUUCACUUUCAUCAUUUCUAGUGUUUCGUUAAAAUAUAAAAAAAAUUUUAGCAUAUUUUUUUUCAGUACUCAACUCAAUUUGUAAUGUCAAUUCAAAAGUUUCAAGUUAAAUCUGUAUGCUUGAAUCUUUACUGUUUAAUUUCGAAUUUGAACUGUUAUAUCAAGAUUUCAUGUUCCACUGCCGUGAUCUGGUGCUACAGUUUGAAUAUACCAGCUUCCCA